GUUUCCUAUAAAAACGUAGAGGGGGCCGGGGGAGAGAGGAAAAAGGAUAAAUAAACAGAGCAGAGGCGCUUCUUGUGCGAAUAUACAAUCUGCUUGGGGUUGUGUUUUUGUUUGAGAGAGAGAGAGAGAGAGAGAGAGAGAGAGAGGAAAAUGGCAGCGGAGGGACAAGUGAUCAGUUGUCAUACCGUGGCUGCAUGGAACGAUCAGCUCCUCAAGGGCAACGAAUCCAAGAAAUUGAUGGUUGUUGAUUUCACUGCUUCAUGGUGUGGACCGUGCCGUUUCAUAGCACCAUUCCUGGCAGAGUUGGCCAAGAGGCUCCCCACUGUUACCUUCCUCAAGGUAGAUGUGGAUGAGCUCAAGUCGGUUGCAAAGGAUUGGGCUGUGGAGGCAAUGCCGACUUUCGUAUUCCUGAAAGAAGGGAAGCUUGUGGAUAAGGUGGUGGGAGCAAAGAGAGAUGAGCUGCAGCAGACCAUUGCCAAGCACAACACCUAACCAAAAAAAUACUAAAAUAGAAUAAAAUAAACUAAACUCGCAUUUUGGUUUGAGGAGUUUACGGCUCUUAUUAUAUCAUAUGCUAGAGCUCUAAUUAUUUGGCCGUACGUUGUAUAACUUUUAUUAAUAUACAGACUUCUUAUAUAUGACUCUUAAUAAAUAAAGAAACAUUUAUUAAUA